AUGUGCUUCUCAACCUUUCUGUGUAGCCCUCCAAGUCCAUCUGAUCAGAUAUGUCCUAAAGUGUUUGUUCAAAACAUUCCUGCACCUGAGCCAGAGCCUGGAAAGUUUCCUGAUGCUGUGAAUUUCUGGCUCGGAGAAGCAAGUGCCAUCACCUCCAUGCACAAAGAUCACUAUGAGAAUCUGUACUGUGUCAUUUCUGGAGAGAAAAACUUCAUCCUGCUGCCGCCCACAGAUCGACCCUUCAUCCCCUAUGGUGUGUAUCAGCCAGCUGUUUACCAUCAGCAUGACAACGGUGAGUUCGAGGUCGUCGAUCAGAGCAACUCUGAGAAGGUCCCAUGGAUCCCUCUGGACCCUCUGGACCCAGAUCUAGAACGGUACCCUCAGUACCGGAGAGCUCAACCAGUCUGCUGCAGUGUGAAGGCAGGAGAGAUGCUGUACCUGCCCUCCCUGUGGUUCCACCACGUCCAGCAGUCACAUGGCUGCAUUGCAGUGAACUUCUGGUACGACAUGGAGUACGACAUCAAGUACAACUACUUCCAGCUGUUGGAGACACUGUGUGAUACCGCUGGGUCCACGUGACAUCACCACAGCUGCAUAAUGUCAUAGUGUGAGCACAAUGAAAAUCACCCGAAUGACAAAGCAGGUAUACAAUAAAGUUUUGUUUAGAAGUCUGCAGAGACUGAAGUCUGAGUGAUAUGUCUGACCUGAUUAAAGUGACAGAAUAUGAUCCAUAACACCUGGGGCACAGGUGAGUAGGAAAAUGAACAGCAUCAGUUUCACACAAAUGACUUUUCAGCCUAAAUCAUUAGCAAUAUUUUGCACACAGAUUACUCUUCUGACUGAAUCUGUGAAUUAAAUGACAAGUGCAGUGUUUUUUAAACAAGACCAAUAGAGAAAGCACUUUAUUAAAGCAAAACAUUUAACAGAAAAAAAUUCCAACAGCCAGCAGACGCAAACCAACACACCUUAAAAACAUAUCUCUGAAGGACAUAGUUUCUUCUGAUAUUCUUUUUUUAUAUAAUCUCUACUUUCAUAUUGCAUCAUCUCCGAGAACAGUCAAGGCCAUGUUUUCUCUUUUCCCACCAGGAAAAUUUAAGUUAGAACAUAAAGUGUUGUUAAAGGUGAAGAAGAAGAAGGUCAAGCCAUUACAGAAUCGCUUCUCAGAAACUGAUUCUGCACAACGUAAACCCAAACAACAUGCACCUAUAGUUCACUCUGGAUUUAGUUUAGUCCUGGCGCUCGCUGAAGUCCCCCCCACCCACCAGACCAGGAAAAAAAAAAAA